AUGGUGGCCCAUUCUGAGAUUCUAUUGUCAAAGUGUGCUCAGUUUCGAGAACAAAGUGAAUUCAUUGAUGUUUCUUUAAAAGUGGGCGAAGAAGUUUUCUUAGCACAUCGCAUUGUGCUCGCUGCCAGUAGCGAUUAUUUCCACGCCAUGUUUGCUCGUGGAAUGAAAGAGUCGAAACAGGACGUGAUCGAGCUCAAAGAUGAAGGCAUUUUAGCAGCUUCCUUGAAGAUCGUGCUGGAUUCCAUCUACAGCGGAGAUCUUCAAGUCAACGAUGAAAACGUUUUUGAAGUUCUUGUCGCAGCCGAUCAUCUCCAAGUUACAAGCGUUGUUCAACAGUGUUGUGGUUACUUGCAGACCCAGUUUGUUGAUCAGCUUCGAUUUGAUGUGCAGACAUAUUGUCGCCUCUCCACGGUUGCUGAUCGACAUGGUCUAAAAGACCUUCAAGAAGCCACGCAGACUAAGAUGGCCUCCAUUUACAAAGAGAUCUGUGAAAGUGAAGAAUUCUUGUCCCAUGUGGAUGCUGAUCAGUACACUCGCCUUCUUAGUCGAGAUGACCUCAGUGCUCCUUCAGAGACAUUCGUCUUCAAAUCUGUGAUGCAGUGGAUUACACACAAGAAGGAAGAGAGGAUGCCAAUCGCAGCCAAAGUUAUCGGAGUGGUUCGUCUAGGGUUGGUGGAUAUCAAUGACUUGACGGAAGAACUUGACACAGAAGAGAUGCAACGAGUGCCGGAAAUUCAUAUGCUUCUCCAUGAAUCGCUUUUACAUAACAUCAGGCCUUCAAGUAGUUCCAAGUUUGCCGUAGAGAAAGCAAAACUACGUUCAACGGAUCCCGUAAGUUUGAGUGUGUUUUUUAUAUGUAUAUACAUAUAUAAGCGGGCGAGACGUAGAUAAAACCGUAGAAGUACCUGGUAAUUGUUAACGCGCGCGCGCAUAUUAUAGUCCGUUAGUUUCGAGUGCUCACGUGUUGUGUAUCUUUAAAGUAGAAUUACUCGGAUUUGUAACCAUUUUUACAACCCUGAUGAAGGCUGUUGAAAGCAGCCGAAAUAUAGGUUCAUCGUGUUAUGAAUCAUCUGGUUUAUUCACUUGUGAUGAAUAGUUUAUUUUCAUGGAGACUGCCGUCUUUGUUGAUGCUUGUGGCUUGAUAUAUAUAUUAUGUAUAUACAUAUAUUAGUAUGGAUAGGUUUGGGCCGACAGGGUUGGUACAGGUGCAAGGUUAAGUUUGCAUCCCUAGGAAAAAGAGAGCGUUUGCACCCAGGCCAGGCAAAGUGUGCGACGUUUUUGGCUCUUUCUUUUACAAGUGAAUUUACUCCUGAUCAUCGCAACUUUUUCCACUGGAAUGACCAAUUUGUGUAUCAGCCACUUUGAGGUUGCGCGGGAGACCGGGUCUUGAUGAUUGUUAAAGUGCAUUGUGGGACGAAUUUGCCGCUAUGUUGAAAACGCGUCCCCCAAAACAGUCCCACAAUGCACUUUGAAACUAUCUCGACCUGGUCUCCCCCGCGACCUCAAAGUGGCUAAUUGGUAUCGCAUAUUCGACUAACAUAAGGUAGAGAUAUUAAAUUCUGCAAGAAGAAUACUGCAAUGCUGAUCGUACUACGUGAAAAUUAACUCUGCAAGACAUCAACACGACACCGAAAGAACUCAAAACAGAGCGGGAUUGUAGCCAUGGACAGCUGUUUCGCCCUCGUUGGGGCUCGUCAGUAUGGCGUAACAACCAGAAAGCCCUGGAACAGGCUAUAUACCAGUUAUGCAAUGCUUUUUUGUGGUAUACCAUGGAUGCCACUUGUCACUUGAUUUUUAUCUGCAAAUACACGAGCUUUUUUCGAGGCGGAGCAUUCCAAAUUCUACCUCGAGAAAGAUUUUCAUAAGUAUUUUGUUCCAUGCCAAGGAAAAUACAGUAGCCACUGAACACAAUUAAUCGGUCGUAAAAGAGUUGGCUACAACGAAUUUCAAACGAGAAUACGAGCAGUGCCUUUUUCCUCACAACGAAAUGCUUUAUAAAUGAAAUUGACAAACUUGUGGAUGCAUCCGACCCCAUGUUCACUGUUCUUAGACCUCUAUCGGAUCUCAACGAAAACACUGAUCAACUUCGGUCAGUGGUCCUCAAAGUUAAAGCCAAGGUAAAAUAUUGGCUCUGGUAUGUCUCAAACAAUAUUUAAAAGACACACCGGAAAUGGUACUGCUUACUCAGUAAAUCUCGGCAGGAUUGAACUAUGAUCGGCAGCGAUAACCGUUUGGGUUAAUCAUUGUACUAGGCUCGAUUUCUGCCGUCUCCAGGGUCCGUGCGGGCUCAUUUUCUCGAACAGCGGCUGGUAAUCGAGCCUAUCAUUGUACCGGCUAGUCUACAACGGCUUUUCUGGUGAUUGGCUGUCUUUUCCAUGGAAAAGGAGUACAUUUCCCAUUCCUGAAGAUGAUCUUAAUAAGCGAUAAAAGGAUAUUGUUAAAAGAGAAAUGCAUUUACUACCUUAGUUAUUAGUACUUUAUUUCGCGGGGUUUUAUUUUUGCGAUUUGGCGAGCAAAUAUGAAGAGAGGGCAUUGAAUUUCGCGAUUUAUAAAGCCAUGAAAAAGUCUCAACCUUAAAAAAUUUUUGGAUGAACUGGAACAAGCAAAAUGUGAAAUCUUUGCAAACUAAUGUUAUUUAAAAAUUUAAGGCACAAAAGUGAGUGGCAGUUUGUGUUUGUCCAUACAUAUCCUGUAUAUUCUGUUCCUUUAAUUACAUGUUAAUUGUGAUUUAAAUUUUUUCAGUUUAUAUGGGUCUUAUAUUUCGCGAGUCUUUGAUUUCGCGAUUUUAUAAAAUCGCGAAAAACGCGAAAUUUAAGGCCCGCUAAAUUAAGUACCAAAGAGGUAAAUACAGCAAGACAAAAAUCAUUUGUGUAUACUGUUAUUUCCUCGUUGACUGACAGAAAUUGUCUUUUUUUCUUGGUAUUCUAGGUCAUUGUUGCUGUUCUCCCUCAGACCCAUAUGUUGUACUUUGAUGUUAAAAAAAAGGUUUGGAAGCAGCUUUCAUCUAUAGCACCAGCACCUGAAACAAAAAAUUGCUACUGUGCAGAGAUUGUUGGCCGUGAGUUGUUCGUUUCUGGAGAAUUCCCGGAUGGGAGAUCCUGUGUUUACCGUUAUGACAUAGAAACAAAUAAGUGGCACACUCACGAGGAUAUUCCUCCAUACCCACGAAUCACCACCCUAUGCGCUGUAAGCGACUACAUGUAUGCACUACCUUCGGAUUGCAGUAAGCUACCGCAAAGGUAUAGUUUUGCAAAACACCGGUGGCAAAGUUUCUCUAAAAGUUUCACAAAGAGUCCUCCCCACUACCCUCAUUUUAACAGUGCCACGAUCCAUCACCAAAAGCUGUAUGCACUUUAUGGGCAUAGACUAAACGAGUCCCUUUGGCAGAUGCAAAAUGCAACGCUUCAUUGUUUUGAUCCAGUGAGCGAUAUGUGGCAAGAGAAAUCUUCAACCUGCAAACCUCACUUUGGGUCCAGUCUCUUUGUGGUGAAUGAUAGACUCUGUGUUGCAGGAGGUCAUGUCGCUACUACCAUGUGGCACUCGCUAUGUGAUGAGCAAGCAACUGUAGAGGUUUUUGAUGAAGAAAACAAUAAGUGGUCCGUUGUUGAACAAAACCGUAUUCCUCAAAAUAAUCUUGGUGCAAUGGAAAUAGAGGGGAAGGUUUAUUUCAUCAUCAAUAAAUUUCCAAUUGACAGUGGCAUUAGGAUCCCACCAGGGGAGGUGUGUACGGUAAAUCUGGGCGACUGGAAAAAUUUAGGAAACGUUGACAAAAAUGCAGCUCUUUGUUACGUACCUUUAAAGAGGGACAGCGUUAAAAUGACUGAGAAUACUUAG